AUGUCGAACGUAUCGAUGGCAUCGGCCUUGCGGCCGUUGAUGCGCCAAGCCGGAACCUCCAAGCUCAUUAGCACUUUACCCAGGCAAUUCAGCUCGACGGCUCGCAAUGCUGUCCGAGCGAUAUUUUCAGAAACCGACAAUGUGGAAUUAAACACGAUACUCAAUUCCAUCCAGGAGACUAUUAUACUACCCGCCCACCUUCCCACGAAGCAGCGCAAACUUGUCUUUAAUCCACGGAAUCGAUCGCACCUGGAGCAGAACCCCAUCAUCAUCGAAGUAGAGGGCUUAGAACACAAAUUCUCACCGAUUGAUCGAUCCAAAGACAUAGAGAACUCCAAGACAGCUUUGUUCAGGGCCUUGACAAAAAUGCAAAGUGCCGAGGACUGGGCGAACCUGCCCACCCUCCUGGCGGGAUACCAGAAGGCAGGCAUCAAGUUGAAAGACGACCAUAUGGGAAGGAUUGCGCGACUUGCAGGGACCAAUGGACAGAUCUACACCAUUAUUGAGUGUGCAAAACAAUCCAGCAAGACUGGCCUUUUGUUUCGAACCCCCGAAAUCGCAGUCCGUACCCUCGCAUCUGUCAACGACAAGAUCACGGAGAGUUCCUGGGACGCCAACGAGACGAAGCAGGCGCUGAAGUGGACAGAGACGGUGCUGGAUCUAUUGCAGCGACCAGAACAUGCCCCAAUAGCCCAGAACACUCGGGAUCGGCUACAUUUUUCCCGAAUUGUUCGAGGAUUGGCGCUAUUUGCAAGAGCCUCUGCUGCCAAGGUCGGGCAGGCGUCCGAGAGAGAGAUGAACUUGCUCAGGGAUGAGGUAGCACUCUUGGUUUCCCUCUGGGAAGAUGCUGUGAACAAGGAUCUUUGGGAGGUCCCGGAGUUUGCCAAUCUUAACCCCACAGUAGAGAGAUAUGCAGGCGAACAUGGCGACAGCCCUCGGCAUCGCCAGGCACUCCCCGGAAGCGCCUACGUGCAGACUUUUGCCCAGUACAUCAAGGGUAUUGAACUGGCUGAGGAAGUGCUAGGAGGCGAAGCCAAGGCCCUGUCUCCUAUUCUCAACACCCUCAAGUCGCAUUUGCAAGAUUUUGCAGCGAGGAGCGCAAACAAAGCAGACAGGUGGGAGGAGGAGUACGAGAAAGUCAUGGGCAGCAAACCCAACUGGUCGACUGCUGCACCCUGGACCCCCAAAUCAUGA